AUGGCUACAUCUCAUGCUCUUCUUCUCUUCUGCAAUCUUGCGUUCGGCCUUCUCGCGUUGUCCGUCGUCGUCGAAUCCUCGGUGGUUCCCCCCGAUUAUGCGGAAGUCGACCACGUCUGCAGCCGGACAGCACCCUACUAUGACAAAUUUUGCAAGGACGUUCUCGAAUCUGAUCCGCGCGCACCGGGUGCCGAUGCGUUGACACUAGCCUAUGUUGCCUUCGGCUUGGCGCAUCGCAACGCUUCGGGCACCCGAGACCAGAUAACUUCGCUGCUAAGUAACUCGACUGGUCUAGUGCGCCAGCACCUCGAGCGAUGCCGCGGAGAUUAUGCGACAGCCCUCGCGAAUAUUCAAGAGGCUUUAAACGACCUGGACUCGAAGACAUAUGGCAGAUUGACCUACUUUUCUGCUUCGUUACUCGACCGAGCGAAGGACUGCGAGUCCGCCUUUAAGGGAACGAAAUCUCCAUUGACUGAUAACAACGAGGAUCUCAAGGGGUUUUCAGUGAUUGGUGUCUCUAUUGCAGAGGAGCUCAUUGUCUGA